ACUACAAAGUUAAUUGUGAACCGUACCCUCUCAGGUGUAAUACAGGUACAGUCAUCCGUCCGUCAGGGUUGUCCGCUCUCGCCUUUACUUUUCGCAAUAUACUUGGAACCUCUUUGCUUAAGCGUGCUUUAUAACUCAAGCAUUAAGGGAUACAGGUAUGCAGAUGAAGAAAUUAAAGUUCUAGCUUAUGCGGAUGACAUUGCCUUCUUUUGCAUCGAUAAGCCCAGUAUUACUGAGACAAUAAACACUACCUUGCGUUUCUGUGAAAUGGCAGGAGCUAGUGUAAAUUUUGAUAAAAGUAGGGGGUUUUGGCUAGGCAUGUGGGCUCUAACUCCCUCUGUGUUCUCGAAUAUUCAUUGGGAUCAGUCUUCGCUGCGAUAUCUUGGUGUGCCUCUCGAUAACUUCCGUAAUAGUGGACCUCAUUGGACAUCCGCGAUAACCACAAUCCGUCGAAAGGUGACAACCUGGCAGGGACGCGACUUCUCCAUUUUCGCAAGAGCUAAGGCGUGCAAUAUAUUCCUGGCUUCUAAGCUUCUUUAUGUUCUGCAGGUCUUGCACUGCUCCCGCGUCCAUGUUCAGGCAUUCCACAGAAUAUUUGCAUCUUUUAUUUGGCAGUCAUCAUGGGAAGCCAUGAGAAGGGAUAAUCUUUUUCUUCCACUUGAGAAGGGAGGUCUCAGUCUUGUGCAUUUGUUUGUGAGACAAUUGGUCAUGCGAUUAUUUUACCUUAAAAAUAUCCGUCAUCCUUUCCUCCUUGCAGUUAACAGAACACGUCUUGCUUCACACCUCCCUUUUCUUUUUGUCACGACCAACUCUGCUCAAGAACUGCGGUUAUGGGGCUUCCUAAAAGAACUCGUGGAUACUAUCUCAUUUUUAAAAGCCAGAUUCACGUUAGAAUAUUUAUUUAGCGUUGAUCGAACAUCGCUAAAUAUAGCACUUGUAAAUAACCUUUUCCCUGCAGCUAUGUAUCGAAAGCCAUAUCUGUCUCUAUUUGGUCAAGAUGUUCUUUGCCGUGUUCGUCGAAUGUGUAUAACGCCAGCAGCGAAAACAUUCUUCUUUAAGCUGCACACUUCCACUCUGCCAGUUAAAACAUGGCUUCAUGAGAAAGGAUUAUAUGUACCGUGGAAUACAAAUUGUAGACUGUGCAGCCAACCUGAGACAAUAGAACAUUGCUUUAUUCUUUGUCGUGAUGCAUUUUAUUUUUGGGACAUUUUACAAAGAACUAUCAAAAAAGAAUUUCCUCUAACACCUUACGGUAUCCGGUUCCUUCCUUUCAAAAAGACAAUCAGUAAUGCACCAUAUGAUUUGUUUAUGUUAUUAGGACUGUAUUCAUUAUGGAGAAGCCGAAUGAUCGACAGACAUGCCGAGCCACCCCGCUCGACAAGGUCUGUCUUUCGAGAAGAGGCUGCUCAAGUGCGGAGUGUUGUUGCAACCUUUGACCCCGUUCCUGAAUGGAUUUCGUACCUGGACGCUUGUGUUUGUUUACCCGAUUUUUGA